GUCGAUGCGGACUGGGGGGGGGGGGGAAUAGGACGAAGCCAGCCAGGAACACACAGCCCAGGCAGCACGGAGGAGGACGGGGAGAGCCCUGGCUGAGCCACCCAGCACGCACGGAGCCGCUGACGGAUAUACAAAGUCUGGGCAGCGCAAAGCGCUGCCCCCUGCUGGAGGCACGACAUGCUCUCGGCCUGAGGGGCUCAGGAAACGCCGCGGCUUCGCUCGGGGCCUACUAGGUUUUGGGGCUUUGGGAAGCGUUGGAGCGUUGCUGGCUGCAUGCGGUGAGGCGGGCUCGGUCCUGCCGGGGCGGCAGACCACCAGAGGACAGUGGGAGAAGAGGUUAUUGGAACCUGGCGGCCGCAGGCCAGUCAAAAGGUUUCCUCAUGUCCGUGAAGUAUCGCUCGUGGCUUUGCGGCUCCCCGCCCUCGGUGUGGUCAGUCGCUGCAAUUCCGACCCCGUGACUCUCCGAGCGCAGUGCCGGACGUCAUGAGCAUUGUAAUCCCUCUGGGAGUCACCACACCAGAUACAUCCUACUCAGACAUGGCCGCCGGAUCAGACCCUGAAUCAGUUGAAGCAAGUCCUGCAGUUAGUGGAAAGACCAUCUAUGCAACUCACAGUUACCCAGGCAGCCAGAGCCACGGAUACCGGGGUCUGCCUUAUGCAGAUCACAAUUAUGGAGCCCCACCACCACCAACACCACCUGCAUCGCCACCUGUCCAGGCCAUCAUUCCCCGUGCAGAGCUCAAUGGCAUCCACUCACCGGAGGAGGAGCACUCUGGGGAAAGUGAGAGCUCCUCUGACGGAGAAGGGAGCCCCAACUGGUGUCACUGCAGUAACUCCACGGAUGGCUUUCUUAUCAAAUGCGAGAAAUGCAGGGGCGUGAACAGAAGUAAAGUUAUCCAGCUGAAUCGCCGUAAGCAAGACAACGUCUCCGGAGGUGAGAGCAGUGCUACAGAGAGCUGGGAUGAGGAGCUGUCUCCAUCCACUGUGCUGUACACAGCCACCCAGCACACACCCACCAGCAUUACUCUCACCGUCAACAGGGUCCGGAGAAGUAAACCGAAAAAGAGGAAGAAAAGCACAGAGAAAGCUCGGAAUGCUCCAAAAUCCAAAAAAGUAAAGGCAUUUAGGGAAGGUUCUCGCAAGUCUCUCCGCAUGAAGAAUUCACCUUCAGACGUUAACAACUUGGACGAAAAUACUACAGAAGGCUGGGAGAACCGGAUCAGGCUUUGGACUGACCAGUACGAAGAGGCCUUUACGAACCAGUACAGCGCAGACAUGCAAAGCCUGCUGGAGCGAAACGUUCGCACCAGCAAGGAGCUGGCAGGCAAAUCGGCGUUGCCUGAAACCAUAAAGAAAACGGAGCUGUCAUGUAACAAUACCGUUGUGGGAUCUCAGAUGCAGUUCCAGCUGGGAAGAGUGGCACGUGUGCAAAAGCACCGGAAAAUCUUGCGCGCGGCUAAGGACUUGCCCUUGAACACUCUCGUCAUUGAAUACCGGGGCAAAGUCAUGUUGCGGCAGCAGUUUGAAGUCAACGGCCAGUUCUUCAAAAAACCGUACCCCUUUGUGCUGUUCUACUCCAAAUUUAAUGGUCUGGAAAUGUGCGUGGAUGCACGGACUUUCGGUAAUGAUGCCAGGUUUAUUCGACGCUCCUGUACGCCCAAUGCCGAGGUCCGUCACGUGAUUGCAGAUGGGAUGGUCCAUCUCUGCAUUUAUGCCAUUGCUGCUAUUGCAAAAGACACAGAGGUCACCAUUGCCUUUGACUUUGAUUACAGUAACUGUAAUUAUAAGGUAGACUGCGCGUGCCACAAAGGGAAUCGGAAUUGUCCUGUACAGAAACGCAAUCCCAACUGCACGGACAUGUCACCUCCUGUCCCUCCUUCGCUGUCGAUUGGAGCAGAGACGAGGCAUCGGAAAGCCCGGAGGAGAGAGUUGGAACAGCAGGGUUACGCAGGGGACGAAAAUGCCAGUCACCAGACUGAUGAACUGGCUGAGACUCCAGUAGCGGCUGAUGCAACUGGUGACCACGAGGCGGAAGGCGACAUGGCAGAUAAGCGGGAAGAUACUAAAGAGGAGGAAGAGAUGGGACCCAUGCCUCGGACUAGAAGGUCGAGAGAAGAAAAGAAAGUAGAUCUCACCAUGCAGUCACUUGAGAGCUUGGAGAAAAGAAGGCGACGCAGAGAACAGCAGCCAGAACAAGCGGUUGCUGAAACCGAGGCCCCUCCUGCUGCGGAGGUCCGCCCCAUCGUAGAAUCUGCACCUCAAGCUGAUGCUUCGGAGCCAGAAUCCGAAAGCCCCACGUUAGCAGAACCUACGACCAAUCCCACGCAGCCGGGAGUGAACACCAGAAGAUCAUCACAGGCAUUGGAAGCCAAUACAGAGAAACCUGCUCCUAAGCCAAUUACACCAAAAUCCACCAGGCCUCGUCCAAAAAGUCGCAUGUCACGUUACCGCAGUGCUUCAGCGCAGAGGUUGAGGAGGCAACGUCAAGCUGUGGCUCAGCAAGUAGAGCUGGCGCCCCCGGUGGCGGAGGAUAGGACCACGAGUGCAGCCACGACAGAGGCCGGGACCACAGAAAAUGUAGGAAUCAGCGACAUACCACAAGGUUCAGAGUCUCCUACUGUAGCCCAGGUGGUCACCCAGCCAACCCGCGCAAGCCUUAAAUACCACAAGACUAAAAAGUACCUAGUAACAGAAUGGUUAAACGACAAGGUGGAGAAGCAGGACUGUCCCAUUGAUCACACUUUGCGGAUUACCACAGAUCCAACCGUGUUGGCAACUACCCUUAACAUGCUCCCUGGACUAUCCCAUUUCCCAUCCAUAUGCACAGCUCCCAAACACUACAUACGCUUCGUGUCUCCUUUUAUGCCAGAGAGGCGGAGGAGACCUCCAAAGGUGGAUGGCACUUAUGGGUCCUGCAAAAAGCGCUGGAUUAAACAAUCCAUGGAGGAUAUCAUCAUGCUGCCAGCUAGCUCUAUACAGGAGAAACCCGAACCUUUAUACCAAAGCAAUGAGAGCAGCAGCUCUCCCAACAACGGCACCAAUGCAGAAAUCACCAUUCCAUUUAAAAAAUGGAAGAUGAAAUACAUCUUGGAGGAAAAUUCUGGCAUGUUAUCCAGUCCUGUACAGUUUCCCCCUGCACUCCCCAACUCCUUAACCAUGGAUUCCCUAAGUCCACUGCAGACCACGCCCAGCUCUUCCCUCCCCGGUGAAGAGGAGUCCCGAUUUGGAUAUGGACUCGUGUUCUCCCCGAUCCCAUCGCUCGCUGCUAGUCGCUGCAAUACUCCACUACAGUUUGAGAACAUAUCUUCCCCAGAGAGCUCCCCAGCGCAUAGACCCGAGUCCCUGUCACCAGAGCCUUGCCUGCGGCCUGACGUGGACCUCGCGAAGGCCAGUUUCUUGGAUUCAUCCAUGGAUAUUUGCCAAGAACCCCAAACCACCGUCAGCACUGGUCCAGUGGAGCUUGCUGCUCAGUCACCAAGCACAUCUGUGCCGUACAGCGGCACACCGGACGCAAGUGUUCUGGGAAAAAGCGGAGAAGGGUCAAUGCUGCUAAGAGCCUCGGAACAGACUUUCCGGACUGAGUUCAAUUUAAUGUAUGCUUUCUCCCCUUUGAACGCUAUGCCUCGGGCUGAUGGCUCAUUACGUGGCUCUCCCCUCGUAGGGGAACGAAAGCCUUCCCAGUCAGAUAUGUACUGUGGUUCUCCAGUGGAGGCAUACUUUGGCAGACAGGGUCCUGGACUUGUAAAAGACUCUGCCCAAGGAUCUAUGUCUCCUUGUAGCGAAAGGACUUGUGAGGGAGUCAGAUCUUCUCCACAGAACCCACCACAAAGGAAAAAGGUUUCUCUGUUAGAAUAUCGGAAGCGGAAACAGGAAGCCAAGGAGGUCCCAUCUUCUCCCGGUGGUGACCUCAUACGCUGUGCUGUGACCCCAACCCGCCAGAGCAGCAACGGCUCCAUUUCUGACACAGACCUGUCAAGUGCUUUUCAGCUCCAAGCUCCAUCUUCCCCACAAAGUGGCUUCUCGUCUCCUGCCCACCCUUCCAUGCCUCAGGCUGAGGAUAUCAGUCCGACGGAAAUAAGGACAAUAAGCUCUUCCUCACAUUGCAAGCAGACUGAAAACAUCAGCAGCAGGUGGAUGGUUCCAACAUCAGUGGAGCGGCUACGCGAGGGACAGGGAUUCCUGGAGCGGGUUUUGCGAAGUGGGGUCAAAGUGCCACACAGGGGAGAGCUAUCGCCUUCCAGGGAGAGCAGUCUGGACAGAGAAUCAGAGGAUGGAGAAACGGAGAUGCUGAACAUGGCUGGUUCUAAAGGACCAACUGUCUACAGCCCUUCCAGAUACAACUAUCAGUUCCAGCAGUGCGACAGUCCUCAGUCAGAGCCGAUCAACCUCCUCUCUCAAAGUUCCUCCCCGUUCCGUGGAUCUGCUGCUCAGCCUAGCGGAUACAGCUACAGGACACCGCAGAGGACAGCGCACGGCCAUGCAGAGUCCUCGGUAAUUUCCGCUUCCUAUUCAAGCCCUUCUCAUGUUGCUUCCACGGACUCACCCAGCACUCAGAGUUCAGGAAACUCUGGGUUUUACAGCAGCCAGCAGAUUUAUGGGAGCAAUGCUAGCAUGUGUCAGCCGAGGAAAAGCUUCCACCAUCGAGCCCCCAGCCGUGAGGCAAGUCCAGCCCAAUUGCUCAGGACAGAAUCUGUACCCUCGGACUCGCAGGCCAGCACUGGGGCUUCUAGCACCUCCUCCACCCCGCAAGGGUCGAGGUCAGACUCGAGAACUAUAACUAUGUCAGGCUCCAGGAUAUCUGCUGUUACCAGCCCGCAGCAUUAUCCGCAACGGGGGUCUACCGUACCACACCAGUACCGGCUGCAGCAGAUGCAAGCCUCAGGAGUAAAACCUCAAACGGGCCUUUCUUAGUAGGACUGCUGAAGAGAACAGGAUAGAACUUAUGUCAGCCUGUUUCACCUGGUGCAUGGCUCUCAGACUCGAGCAGGAGGCCGAUACCUUUGCUGGUAGUGACCAGCUCCUGUUCUCUGCACUCACAUUGCAAGAAGAAUAAACACCUUGGAAAAUCACACAGUGAUAGUCGUGUAGACCUUCAGUAUCAUUCAAUCAACUCGGUUUAACCGUAUCACCAGAAAUUUCCUGUAGUCACUUGUGCAGUAAGGACAACAUUUAUAUGAUUAAGAAAUAAAUGGUUAAAAGAUGAAUUAAAGGGGUGGGGAGGAGGGGUUUAAAGAAGCACCUAUAUUUGUAGCAUCGUGUUAUAGCAGGUUUUUGGGGGUGGGCCGAGGAAGGCAAGGUGAAGGCCACAGUCGUACUGUAUCGGUGGCCGGUCAUUCCAGGCCUGCACAGAUCUGUCCUUCAGUUCCUCUAUUUUGGCCUCCACCACUGCCAGUUAGGGUGAUGACACCUGUGUAAUUACUGUCGGAGGGUCUCUAAAGUGAGAAUGUAUCUGUUUUUUAUUUAUUUAUUUUUUAUGUUCUUUUUUGGGAAAGGGUUGAAGACCCAGGCAGAGCAGUGUACCUACCUACCUGGCUGCUGGGGUCAUGUCAAAAGUGCUGGAAUAUGAAUUGCCGUCUCAUAUGCUCAAAUUCCAUUAGGGUUUAAAAUCUGGAAAGGGGGGAAAAAAAACCUGCAUGAGAAUCAGGUUGUCACUGUAAGCCGUUCCAGUACUAGCGCCAUCAAGUUCUUCAAUGUCACUUUAGCACACAGCGAGUCUGCGGUCUAAAUUUGUGUUUCUGCUUCCAGAAUUGGGUUUAUAAAUAUACAUAUAUAUAUAUAUUUUUUUUUUUUAUAUGAAGCUCUGGAGGUGCCAGUAAACCACACCUGCUGUAAAUAUAGAGCAGAAUUGUCAUGAGUAAACAUUAGUAGACCAACGUCAUUUACUGUAUAUCCUGAGCGCAGAUGAUAGAUAGAUAGAUGGGCUGUAUAUAGGCUUGAUCAUCUUGUACCAAGUGUACACUCUAUAGCAGGAUUUCAUGUUCCAAGUAAAUGCUGCAUUGUACUAUGCUGUAUAGUAAUGGACAUCUUAAUGAUACCUAUAUUUUUAUAUGAAAAAAAAAAAGUUUUGUUUUGUUAUUUUUUUUAUUUUAUUUUUAUUUAAAGUUUUGUGCUUAAAUUGUGUGCUAUAUUUUACACUUACGAUGGUGCCCCCGACAACAGAAUCUGUGUGCUGCGUGGAGGCCAGUCAAGUUAAGCUGCAAAAUAUUUGCACCGGAAUAAUGAGACACAUUGAAUGUUGCGCAUAUCGUCACUGUUUCCUGUGUAGUGCGUGCCACCUGUGUAAAUAAGUGAGGGCAGUCAUUGUGGGCUGAUCCAGUGUUCUUGACAUUAUAGCCUUAUCCGUUCAUUGGGAACUGUAAAGGUAACAGGUGCACUCCAUCAACUAAGUGGCGAUUCAUGUUAUAUGUCCCAGCUUGUCCCCCAUAUUAUAUUGCAGCAUACAUUAGGCAAAGCAAGUGAAGGCUCUCCAAUUGUUAGCUGAAAAAGUCCAGCAUCCUUUAAGUAAACAGUUCAUACCGAGAUGUGGUAUAACAGCAGCUAGUUGGCCAAGGUUGCUGUGCCGUUUUCCAAGUAGCAUAUUGGCAUAAAAUAAUGCUUUGAGUUCUAAUUCAGAGACCGGACAUCGAACAGAGUUCUUACACACAGGCGAUUUACCCCUGCAUCCGUGGAACAUUCGCUUUGAGCAGUGUGUAUGGUUUGGUGAAAGCAGGUCAAGUGUUCUUCUGUUCGGGAUGCAGGCUGUCCGGAUACCGACGUCGGUCUCCUGAUCCUGUCUGGAUUCCGGCUUUGGCAUUCUGACUGCCUGGAUCCCCACAGCAGGCAUCUUCACCGCAUCCCAUCCUUCUGCGUAAAGAGCCGACAGUCGAGUAUUCGUAGUGGGCAGGGAAUGGAUGAUGGAUUUUGUAUUCUCGUGUGCCUAUUUUCCUCUACAAAUACUCCUUCAUAGUGUUCAGGGAAUCCUACUGUUUGCUGAACGAUGAUCUCUGCUCCGUGCGAACACACCAUAGGUGCUGUCCCUGCGAGUCACUGAUCUAUUAGCGUAGUGCCCACACCCUGCGCACAGCGGCCUGUAAUACUGGCAUUUUCCCCCUUUUAAGAAAAAGCGAAUCUACGAAGUCUAUUGGUUUGUAAAAUAAUCACACAUUGUUGGUUUUAUUUGAAGUAUUCAAGAGUGAUGUCAAACAAAAAAAAGUCCUUAGUUUCAAAAUGAAGCAAUUAAAUGAAUAAUAGAAGGAUUUGGGAUUUUAUUGGCUAUAAUUGUAUAGUAAGAAUUGGAAGUAAUCAAGGCUUUAUUUUAGACCCCAUACAGCUCCUAUUUUGGCACCAGCCAUUUGAUCAUAAACUUAUGUGUUUGAUUGGUUUUGGUUUCUUUUUAAACUUUGCUGGGGGGGGAAUCUAACAAAAAGUUGUUUUGUUUUUUUUUUUCCCGCCCCCCACAAGUAACAAAACUUUAUUCCUUGUCCUUACACUUGGUUACUUUAAUAACUGGCAGUUGAUUUUAUUUAAUUUUAUAUUCAGCUUAUAAGCAUUGUAGGCUAGCUAGUUAUAUGGAAGUUAUAAUCCACGGUGCUACAUUGACUCAUUUUGUUUUCGAACAAGAUAAUACUGUGAGUCUUUACCUCCCCCCUUUUCUCACCCCCCACCCCCCAUUCUUUUUUUUCUCUCUCCAGCUCUCUAAUCAGCAGUUGUCCUUUUUUUUUUUUUUUUUUAGUUCGGUGACUGUUACAAGAAUAUUGUGUCCCUCCGAAUAGUGGUAAAGAGAUUUUUUUACGAAGAUUUAAAGCAAAAAUAAAAUUAAUAUUAUUUUUUUUAAACUGCUUAAUUCCCCCCCCCCUGAAAAAUAAAUUAAAAAAUAAUUGUACAACUGUGAGACUGGUUAGGGAUGGAAACCACAUCACCCUUGUUUUGGGUCUUGUAUACUGUAUAUUAUACGUGUAUAAACAUCACAGGGUCUGUAUUGCAAGCCUCCACUUUCUGAUGGUCCUCGCGACACGGACAGAUGCCUCUUUAUGACUGAAUAUGGUUUGCAUUUGGUUGCACAUUUAUACAGACGGGCCUGUGGCGCAAGGUCACAGGAAGGAGCCUACCGCUAUCAUCACUCACGUGGAGUUUUUACACAAUGAUGUAACAUUUGAUCUUUCAGAAGAGAUGUAAUAAUUUUGAUAAUAAAAUACUUACCUUGAA